AUGCGCCCACUGAGAAGUCGACGAGCCCACCUCGACCGCAACGGCCAGUCAGCAGACUGCACAAGAGAUGCGAUCUGGGUGAUAUUUGGGGCGGCCCUUUUGCUCCCCCAUUGGCUGGCAGACCCCACUCGCAGAUGGGAAAGUGCUGGAGGUUUUCCGAUUCCCUUUGAUCAGUCCACACCCUCUUCCUCGUCUGGAUUGCAAGCCACUUAA